UUCUGUUCUGAUUGUAACAGGCUGAAUUGGCUUUGUUGAUGAUGGAUGAGGAGGAGGAAAGGAGUCACUUCAAUUAUGACAAAAUUGUAGAACAGCAGAACCUGAGCAAAAGGAAAAAGAAACUGCUAAUGAAGAAGGAGGAACUGGUGACAGAUGACUUCCAGGUAAAUGUUGAUGAUGCCAGGUUUCAAGCCAUGUAUACUUCCCAUUUGUUUAAUUUGGAUCCUUCCGAUCCAAACUUUAAGAAAACAAAAGCAGUGCAAAAGAUUUUAGAGGAAAAAGCUCGCCGAAGGCACCAGGGGUCAACUGAGGCAAAGGGGAAGCAGGACAAUGUGGCAGAGGAGGAACCUGUUGCCACAAAAACUUUAGAUCCUGCAUUGUCGAUGUUAAUCAAAUCCGUCAAGAAUAAAACAGAACAGUUUCAAGCAAGAAAGAAACAGAAAGUUAAGUAAGUUGACUGAAGAGUUUGAAGAUGAAG